CAAAAAUACUAAACCAAAUUAACUAUUUUUACUUAAUCAUUUAACUCUGGUCUAUUUUCAUAUUUUAGCUUUACACUAACUGAACUGGACUACUGACGAGAGACCAUUCUAGCAAGAAUUACAAUUUGAUUAAAACAUGUUUUUUUCUAAUUCGUACCUUACUAGGAAAUUUUCGACGCCUAUGAGCUAUUUAUUACUUAAUAAUACUGCGGACUUCUUUAUGUAAAAUUGCCUCCACCUUCUCUCCAAUUACUCUAAGUACAACAAUUAUGAGGAAAUACAGACAUCCAUGAUUAGUGUGAAUUCAGUACACCUGUGCCCGCUUGAUACAUGCCAUACAUUUCAUAAGAAUGAAUUCAAAAGUGAACCAAGCUGAAAAGCUUGAUCCAGUUGACAAACGUAGCAAGGAAAGUGUUUAAAUUAGUUUUAAUUUUUCAUUACUAGCACUAAUGAAUAGUGACAAAAUAAUGGGAUAGUUCUGCUGAUUUCAGGUGUUUCCAUCUUCAGACUUCUUACGUUUGUAUGCCAUUUUCACCGGCCAAAUGGGAAUUUUCCCGUGGCAGCUGAUGUUUGAGCGCAAUAAAACAUACCAAAACCUCUACAAUCUGUAUUCGAAACUGAUCCUUUCCUACUAUAUGUAUGUUACAGUCAGUAUGUGGCUGGCGCUGGUUUUUCUUUGCUUGGAAGAUACGCUUCGAAUACCGGAGAUUACCAAAAAUAUAACUGUUUCUGUGAUUUGUACGGUCACAAUAAUCAGGCUGUUCGUCAUGAAACUGCAUCCGGCAUUUUUACGAAACAUUACAUUCAUUAUUGAUGCUGAACAGUAUAUUUUAUCAAGCAAUGAUGCGGAGGUACACAGAAUCUACAAGAAUUGCAAGAUCAUAUCAAAUCGCCAUACCAUUUUCUUCAUAGUACUCUCCUAUUUAAUGGCACUUUUUAUUUCGUUGAGACCUUUCUUUACAGAUGCUUACGAGAUAAAUUAUAAAAACGAAUCUUUGCAAAUAACUAGCCUGCCCUUAUCUAUAUGGGUGCCGCUUAACGAACAGGAACAUUUUUUGAGCGUAUAUUUCUGGAACGUCCUAAACAAUCUAGUAAUGACAUCAAUUGUGCUAUCGAUUGAUAUAAUUACGUUCCUUUUGUUAAUUUAUCCUGUUGGACAAUUGCAAAUUUUGCAUCACAUUUUGAGCAAAUUUGAGAACUACAAGAAUAGAAUGAAACUGAAUUAUCCGGGGCUGGAUGACGACACUAUCGGCGCUAUUACUUUGAAAGCAUGCAUUGAUUUGCAUCGAAAUAUUAUUGCUUAUGUAGAUGAUUUAAACGCUUGCAUGAACAUAUUUAUGGUAGUGGAUUUCGCUCAAAGUUCUUUAUUGCUUACCAGCGUCUUUGCUCAACUACUAUGGGUCGAGCCCUCGAUCACAUUCUAUGGGUUUGUGUUUAUGUACGUAACAUAUUUAAACCAGAGAUUAUUCAUGAAUUACUAUUAUUCCAAUGAAGUUUGGCUAUUGAGCGAAAAUUUAAACUUAUCAGUCUGGAAAAGUAAUUGGUAUGAACAAUCGCACUACGUAAAGUUCAUGAUAUAUUUUUUCAUAAUGAGAACCAGAAAAUCGCUUAAAUUUAAAAUUGGACCUUUUGGAUUUAUGAAUCUUUCUACUUACAUCGCAAUUCUUAAGGCCAGCUACUCCUAUAUAGCUUUGCUUCAUAGUACCCAGAAAUAACUCACCCAUCACGGAUCGAAUGAUUUAAUAAAUGACGAAAAAGGCCACCAAAAGGAAGAAUAUGCACUCAUUUAUGUCAAAUAAAAAAGUUUUUUUCAAUU